AUGGCUGGUGAAGCAUCGAAAGAUGAAUACAUAAAACUGAAAGUUGUUGGACAAGAUAAUUCUGAAGUACAUUUCAAAGUAAAAAUGACAACCAGUAUGGGAAAGUUGAAAAAAUCGUACGCCGAACGACAAGGUGUUGGUGUAGCAACGUUAAGAUUUUUAUUUGAUGGAAAAAGAAUAAAUGAUGAUGAAACACCGAAAUUAUUAGAAAUGGAAGACAAUGAUGUUAUCGAAGUUGGUGGCAGUUCAUGA